AUGAUCUCUCCUACAAGCACCGUCGACAGUUCACGUCCCAAAAAAUAUCUCAGCACUUGUGAUAACUGCAGAACCUGGAAAAAACGAGGGCUGGGAUGCGUUUUCUCGCCCGCAAAAGCAAGAAAAACCCAGGCAUCAAGGCCUGCAAGGGGCAGACAUGCUGGACAGGGUCACUCGCGAUCAUCGACCAUUCCCUCCCCCACAAAUGUUGAUGCGCAAGUGAACGACGCUCAUGAUAGUAUAACCGUUACUACUCAAACGCCCACCUCUUCACAUGCGCGGAACGCUUCUGUGUCAACCCAGAACAUUCCCGGAGACCAAACAGUGUCCGAGUCAACCCAAUAUAGACAGAAUACCGACUUGUAUGUUGACCGAAUUCUAUUCGCUGUGCGACCCACAGGAACUCCUGAACAGGUGAGAUCUCGGUAUCCCGCGGGGCGAUAUAGCGUGUCGCGACAAACGGUGAAUGAGCAUGUCCCAAGUUCGAGUCUCGCAUUCUUUUCCGACAACGCUGUCGACAAUCUAUGUCUGAAGCUUGGCCAUGACAAGCUCAAAACGUUGGUAAACACCUUGGAAGCACAGAUGCAGGCCCGUUGGGAGGCUCCUACUUCUCAACCCCAUGGACGACCUGACGACAAUGAUGAUUCUCCUGAGCGUAGAUCUCAAUACAUCCAAUCUUAUUUUGAACAAGUUCACAUGAUAUACCCGUUCCUGGAUCGAGAUUCAUUCGAGGAGAGGGCUUCAUCUUUCAAUCCCCAAGACUCAGGUCCAACUCAUGAGACAUGGUUGGUUCUGUAUCACACUGUGCUUAGCCUCGGGUGCAUGUACCAUGACGGGGGUUCAUUUGAGCCUGCAAAGGGCCUAGCAUGGUACUACUUCAGUCUCGCGUUCCACCAUUUCCAAGAUGUGUUGAUGUGUAAAGCGUCUUUACUCAAAGCCCAGACAAUGACAGCAAUGAUCGAGACGUUGUGCAUCUCAGAAGCGGCAAGGACAGUCAUGACUCUGGGUUUGCACAAGAGAAACCUUGACCGCGGCCCAUAUCAAGAAGGUAGAAGGAUAUUUUGGGUUGUAUAUUGCUUGGAAAAAGAGUACGCUUUUAACUCAAGCAGCGCUUCUUUGAUAUCGGAUAUGGAUAUCAGCUGUCCGCUUCCUACAGAUUUGCCGAUAAACACCGAAGGUUUGGCCUGGCUUCCUUGCUGGGCACGCUACUCGAGGAUUCUGUCAAGAGCAUAUGAUUCCCUCUUCUCGGUAUCUGCUACCUUGAUUCCAACAGAAGAAUGCUUUCGGCGUAUGGAUUGCAUCAACGACGAACUGCAAUCAUGGCUAAACUCGAUUCCCGAUAGCCUGCGUCCCGGUUCGUCAUUGCAUCAACAUCGAUCCAGGCCUCUGUAUAUGCAAGAAAUGGUAUUGAGGAUCCACUUCUCAUAUUACAAUUUGAGAAUUUGUAUAUCACGAAUAACUCUCAAUCGGUGCCCGAACAAAGGAUCGCCGCGAAGAUCCGAAAACGAGAAGUGUUUGUUGACAACAGCACGCGCGAUCAUCGAGUCAACCUAUAUGAUCGCCAUGAAUCCCUUCACUCCUGUCUGGAUACUCGGAGUUAUGCCAAUGGUUGCAAUGUUCAUUGUCUUCGAUUUUGUUGUUCACAACCCGCUACAUGCUGAGACCAGGAGAAAUCUGUCAUACCUUGACAUAGUUGCUGCCCACUAUGCCAGACUCGACUUAUUAGCGCAAGGCACCAUCCACGAUGCCAGGGUUGCAGAUUUUACCUCCAUCGCACGCCUCUACGUUGAGUCUUUGACCGGAGACUCAGCAAAUACCGCUGAUAAUACUCUUGCAGGUGCCGGAUCCGACAUUCGCAGAGAGCCACCUAACGACAGUUCACUCGGAGUUGGAAAUCCUGAUUUCAUGUCGCAAUAUGAGUUUGAGCAACUGUCGGCCACAGGGGCCAACAGUAUGAUGAAUGAGAUGGAUGAAUGCGAAAUCUCCCCCACUGGAACAAGUUUUCUGGAUUUCCCAGGCCCAAGCUCUUCAUUGUAUAUGACCAUGCCAACGUCUGGGUAUGACAUAGCUGGCUUCUUCGGUGAUUCUCUCGGCUGGAUACCGGAUGGAAAUCUCGAGCUAUAG